AUGGGCGCACACCCGACUCAGACUGUUGCCGACAACACGCCCGCCGUCCCGCCUGCACCGGCCGCCUCGUUCGACGACGUCAAGCACGACCUCGAGCGCGCGAGCGGCAGCAGCAGCAACGGCAAGGGCGUCCUGCACGGCGGCGAGCACGAUGUCGACACGACCAAGGGCCAGGCCAACCUCCACCGUCGCCUCAACGCUCGCCAGAUCACCUUCAUCGGUUUCAGCGGAGGAAUCGGUACCGGUCUCUUCAUCGGUACUGGCUCGGCCUACGCCAAGGCGGGCCCGGCAGGUCUCCUCCUCGCCUACCUCGUCGUCGGCUCCAUCCUGUGGUGUGUCAUGCAGAGUAUCUCGGAGCUCGGUACCUUGAUCCCGACUGCGGGCUCGUUCCCUCACUGGGCCUCGCGCUUCAUCGACCCAUCGGUCGGCUUCUCGCUCGCCUUGUCCUACGGCUACUGCUACACUAUCGCCAUCGCCUCCGAGGUGUCGGCCGCCGCCGUCCUCGUCUCGUACUGGUCCGACAUCUCGCCUGCGGUCGUCAUCUCGAUCUCGCUCGCCCUCAUCCUCGCCAUCAACCUCAUGCCGGUCCGCUUCUACGGCGAGACCGAGGUCGUCACAGCCUGCGUCAAGAUCCUGUGCUUCCUCAUGCUCGUCGUCGUCUCGAUUGUCAUCACGGCCGGCGGUGCGCCCGAGGGCAACGCGAUCGGCUUCAGGUACUGGAACAACCCGGGCGCCUGGGUCGACUACAACGGCAUCACUGGCUCGACUGGCCACUUCUGCGGCUUCCUCGCCGCGUUCGUCAACGCCUCGUUCAGCUUUAUCGGUGUCGAGACUGUCGUCGUCGCUGCUGGCGAGGCCGAGAACCCGCACCGCUCGAUCCCGAAGGCGGCCAAGCGUGUCACGGCCCGCAUCGGCUUCUUCUACAUCCUCGGCGCCCUCCUCAUCGGAAUGACGGUCGACCCGCGCAACCCGGACCUCGUGUCGGGCACCGGCAACGCCAACUCGUCGCCCUGGGUCCUCGCCAUCAAGGCGGCCGGCAUCCCUGCCCUCGACUCGGUCGUCAACGCCUGCAUCCUCGUCUCGGCUUGGUCGGCCGGCAACUCGUACUGCUGGGUCGGCUCCCGCAUGAUUGUCGCCAUGACGACCGACCGCCAGCUCCCCUCCUUCUUCGGCAUCACGUCCAAGUACGGCGUCCCCUACUACGCCGUCCUCGCCUCGUUCGCCUUUGGUCCUCUCGCCUACCUGUCGCUCGGCUCGGGCGGCCCGUCGCAGGCAUUCGGCUGGCUGCAGAACCUGUCGACUGUCGCCGGCCUGAUCGCGUGGGCGACGCUCUGCUUCGCCUACAUCCGGUUCCACCGCGGCUGCCGGGCCCAGGGCGUCAACCGCGACUCGUUCCCGUGGAAGUCGCCGUUCCAGCCGUUCACGGCGUACUACGGCUUUAUCGGCAGCGUCAUCGUCACCCUCGUGUCGGGCUUCUCGGUCUUCCUCAAGGGCAACUGGGACGUGCAGGACUUUAUCGCCGCCUACAUCGGCAUCCCUCUCUUCAUCGUGCCCAUCCUCCUCUGGAAGCUCAUCAAGCGCACUCGGUUUGUCCGGGCGCGCGAGAUGGACCUCUUCUCGGGCCGCAUCGACACGGCGACGCUCCCCGUCCCGCCGACGCCGACGACGGCGUGGGGCAAAUUCAUCGACUGGCUCUUCUAG